AAAAUAAAAUAAAAAUUAUAGUGUAUACCUUCUAAAAUCCAAGAUUCAUCGAUAUGCUUUAAUGUUCUUCAAAUGUGGUGAUGAAUAACUCGGAGGAAAUCCAUAAGCUCCAUAAACGGAGACUUUCAAUCAGAAGUUCCCCAACUUUGCAGAUCGUAUCGUUCAUCCUUCGUUGUUCCACCAUGGAGAACAAUUUUGAUCAGGAUUUGAUUUACGCAAUUUUCAAAACGGUGUGGAGCAAAAAAGCAAUCGAGCGGGAGAAGAACGUCGACGACGAGAUUUCCAAGGGCGAGGAAGGAGCUGGAACAUCCAAGAAAAACCGACCUACUUCUGCCAAUUCAAAUGCUGUGAAGCUGAGUUGUGAAAAACUUCGCCUCUUUGUUUCAGAAGCAGUUCAUAGAGCUGCUACUAUUGCUGAAGCUGAAGGUGGAAAUAAAAUUGAAGCAACUCAUCUGGAAAGGAUACUUCCUCAAUUACUUUUGGAUUUCUAAGUUACUACAGCUUGACUGCUGUAUUGUUUCUUUAACACUUUAUGGAAUAGUUUCAGACUUUCAAUCAGGUAAUUACGCUAGCAAAUGGAAGAGCUCGGGAUGAUGGCAUCGCACACACCAUAACCUCAGUUUUAUCCUGGGAGUUUUAUUUGGAUUAUGUUAUGAUUGAUACAGUUUUUGUUUGGACACAGUUACUAUGACAUUUGAGUUACUCAUUGCAUGGUUUUUAUUGUUUAUGUUAUCCGAUGAUGCGAUUUUUAGUAAUAUUAAAACAAAAUUUUUGGGUC